GCUGAGUUGACAGAAGCUGAACAGUGAAGAACCAUAGAAGCUGUGUUUGUGUGGGUGAUACUAAUAGAAGACUAUUAUGGAAGCAGUCUGACAGCUGCCGACUGUGUCACUGAACACUGAGGAGACAUGGAAGCUGUGCUCGGAUUGAUGGUGAUACUACUGGGAGUUUCUCAUGGUGUGGAAACUCCCUGUGAUGGCAGACAGGAUGGAGCUCAGUGUUAUGGAGCUUUGGGAGGAAGUGUGGACAUCCAGCUGAUGGACAGCAGCUCAGAAAUACCUAGAUAUGAACUGUUCAAGAAUUCAUUAAGAAUACUAGAUGUGAGAAAUAAUAAGGCUAUUCUUAAUACCAUAAAACAUAGGUCUGUUUUUCCCAGUAAAGUAACAUUUAGGAUCAAUAACCUGAGCAGGAAUGAUGGUGGUAAAUUUACCCUUCAAACCUUUGAUUCAGAGGGAAAAAGAACAGGCGAGCGAACUUUACAGCUGUUUAUUCAAGCUCCUGUGUCCUCUGUCCUGCUGGUCUCUGAGUGUCUGUCCCAGGAAGAGAUGAGGGUGUCCUGCUCCUCUCAGGGAGGGGACAGUCCUCAGUACAGCUGGACUCUGGAUGGACGCACACUGAAAGAUGCUGAGCUCCUUUCUAGAAACAAUGAGGGUAACAUCAUCACUCUGAAACAGCACGUCUCAGGACAUCUGGUCUGCUCAGUCAGGAACAACGUCAGUAAUGUCUCCAAAGAAGAGAGGAUAUCUACCUGUGGCUAUUUGCCUCUGAUCGGUGGGGUUCUCUCAGCACUGAUCAUUUUCUCAGUUGUGGGUGUAGCAGUCUUCCAAGCUUCCAACAAUAUCACAUAA